CUACCCGCGGGUUCGAGUCCCGGCGGAGCCGGGCCCGGCCAUGGCCGAGGCCCCCGAGCCGGCGGAGCCCGAGCCGUGCCCGGAGCUGCCCGUGCACCGGCUGAGCGUGGCGGAGCUCGACCGUGAGCUGGACUCUCGCAGCGAGCUGAUUGAUGACAAAGAAUUCGACAUUCCUCAAGUUGAUACCCCUCCAACGCUGGAGAGCAUCCUAAAUGAGACUGAUGAUGAAGAAGAGUCUUUCAUUUUGGAGGAUCCCUUUCUCUUGAACAUUGAUAACACGGAUACACACUCCUACGACACCUCUUCUGUGGCCAGCUCUGACAGUGGGGACAGGACACACCUGAAAAGGAAGAAAAAACUCCCAGAUUCUCUCUCACUCCAUGGAUCAGUGAUACGGCUCUCACUCCUGAAAGGAAUUUCUGCUCAAAUAGUGUCUGCAGCAGACAAAGUGGAUGCUGGCUUGCCCACUGCAAUUGCAGCAUCAAAUCUGAUAGCAGUGGGGACUUCCCAUGGGUUAGCCCUGAUAUUUGGCAAAGAUCAGAACCAGGCUCUCCGGCUGUGUCUGGGCAGCACCGCAGUUGGGGCCCAGUACGGGGCCAUCUCUGCUCUCAGCAUCAACAAUGACUGUUCCAGGCUGCUCUGUGGCUUUGCAAAAGGACAGAUCACCAUGUGGGAUCUGGCCAGUGGGAAGCUGCUGCGAUCAAUAACAGAUGCCCACCCUCCAGGAACAGCCAUUUUGCACAUCAAGUUUACAGAUGAUCCCACACUUGCGAUUUGUAAUGACAGCGGAGGCUCCGUGUUUGAACUGUCAUUUAAGAGAGUUAUGGGAGUGAGGACGUGCGAGUCUCGGUGUCUCUUCAGUGGCUCCAAGGGGGAAGUUUGCUGUAUUGAGCCAUUACAUGCAAAGGUUGAUUUGAGAGACCAUCCUCUCACCCAGUAUUCACUGCUGGCCAUGGCCUCCCUCACUAAGAUCCUGGUUAUUGGCCUGAAGCCAUCUCUGAAAGUGUGGAUGACCUUUCCCUAUGGCCGUAUGGACCCUUCGAGUGUCCCCCUGCUGGCAUGGCACUUCGUGGCUGUGCAGAACUCGGUGAACCCCAUGCUUGCCUUCUGUCGAGGAGAUGUUGUGUACUUCCUUCUGGUCAAGAGGGAUGAUAGUGGUGCAAUACAUGUCACAAAGCAGAGGCAGCUUCAUCUGCACUAUGAUCUCAUCAACUUUACUUGGAUCAACUCACGGACAGCGGUGCUGCUGGACAGUGUGGAGAAGCUGCACGUCAUAGACCGUCAGACUCAGGAGGAGCUGGAGACCAUCGAGAUCUCAGAGGUUCAGCUGGUCUACAACAGCAGCCACUUCAAGUCUCUGGCCACAGGGGGCAAUGUCAGCGAGGCCUUGGCACUAGUUGGAGAGAAAGCUUGUUACCAAUCCAUCAGCAGCUGUGGUGGUCAGAUCUUUUACCUUGGAACUAAGUCUGUUCACGUCAUGACACUGAGAAGCUGGAGAGAGAGAGUUGACCACCUUCUGAAGCAAGAACGUCUCACAGAUGCUCUGGCUCUUGCUUGGUCCUUUUAUGAAGGUAAAGCAAAGGCUGUUGUAGGCUUAACUGGGGACACGAGCAAGAGGAAAGCAGUCAUUGCUGACAGAAUGGUUGAAAUCCUUCUCCAUUACACCGAUCGGACUCUGAAGAAAUGUCCUGACCAAGGAAAAAUCCAGGUGAUGGAGCAGCACUUUCAGGAUGUGGUGCCUGUCAUCGUGGAUUACUGUCUCCUGCUGCAACGCCUGGAUCUAUUAUUUAACCAGAUAUAUGACAAGAUGAGUGAGAACUCUGUAGCCAAAGGCAUCUUUCUGGAGUGCUUGGAACCGUAUAUCUUGAGUGACAAGCUGAUGGGAAUCACAGCUCAAGUGAUGAAAGACUUACUGCUUCACUUCCAAGACAAGAACAGGUUGGAAAACUUGGAAGCCUGCAUUGUGCAUAUGGAUAUCACCAGUUUAGACAUACAGCAGGUGGUUCUCCUGUGCUGGGAAAACCGCCUGUAUGAUGCCAUGAUCUACGUCUACAACAGUGGGAUGAACGACUUCAUCAGUCCCAUGGAGAAGCUGUUCAAAGUCAUUGCUCCUCCACUGAGUGCUGGAAAGUCUCUCACAGAUGAGCAGGUGGUGAUGGGCAACAAGCUGCUUGUGUAUAUAAGCUGCUGCUUGGCAGGCCGUGCAUAUCCAUUGGGUGAUAUUCCUGAAGAUCUGGUACCUUUGGUGAAAAAUCAGGUGUUUGAGUUCCUGAUCCGGCUGCACUCAGCUGAGGGAUCUGUGGAUGAGGAGGUGUAUCCCUACGUUCGGACCCUGCUGCACUUUGACACGCGGGAAUUCCUCAAUGUGCUGGCUCUGACUUUUGAAGACUUUAAGAAUGAUAAGCAAGCUGUGGAGUAUCAACAGAGAAUUGUGGACAUUCUUCUGAAAGUCAUGGUAGAGAAUUCAGACUUCACCCCAUCACAGGUUGGCUGUCUCUUUACCUUCCUUGCCCGGCAGCUCGCCAAGCCCAACAACACCUUGUUUGUCAACAGGACACUGUUUGACCAGGUGCUGGAGUUCCUGUGCAGCCCGGAUGACGACUCUCGGCAUUCUGAGAGGCAGCAGGUCCUUUUAGAGCUGCUCCAAGCAGGAGGGAUCGUGCAGUUUGAAGAGAGCCGCCUUAUCCAAAUGGCAGAGAAGGCCGAGUUCUAUCAGAUUUGUGAGUUCAUGUAUGAACGGCAGCUUCGCUAUGACAAAAUCAUUGGCUGUUACCUGCGGGAUCCCCUGAGGAAGGAAGAAGUUUUCAACUACAUCCACAACAUCCUGUCCAUGCCUGGCUACAGUGCUGAGGAGAAGCAGCUGGUGUGGCAGAAAGCUUUGGACCAUAUAGCGGAGCUGCUGGUGCUGAGCCCAGGUAAAGCAGCUGAGCUGGCAGCCAUUCACUUCAACGAGCAGAUCGAGAGCAUCAUCUCAAACCUGCAGGACCAGUUCUUGCUCUUCCAGUUCCUGAGGAGUCUCCUUGAUCCGAGAGAAGGAAUUAACCAAGACCUGCUGCACCUCCCACCCUGUAUCACUGAGCAGUUCAUUGAGCUGCUCUGUCAGUACAGCCCAGGCCAGGUUUUGGAGACACUCAAAGUUCUGGAAUACUGCAGACUGGAGGAAACCAUCCAGAUAACCCAAAAACAUCAGCUCCAUGAGGCUUCUUCAUAUUUACUAGAGAAGAAGGGAGAUAUCCAUGGUGCCUUUUUGGUUAUGCUUGAGCGAUUGCAGAGCAAGUUGCUGAUGCUUACUCAAGAUGAUGAAAGCUCAGCUGAACCCUCCUUGCUAGAAAAUAUUGAAGAUACUUUAAUGAAAACAAUUGAUCUUUGCCAGAGGAACUCGCAUAGUUUAGACCAGCAACAGCGAGAGGCCCUCUGGUUUCCCCUGCUUGAGGCCAUGAUGUCCCCACAGAAAUCCUCUGCUUCAUCACAGUGUUCAUAUUCUGAAUCUUUGAAGAGUUUGACAAUGCAAGUGCUGAACAACAUGGCUGCAUUUAUUGCUCUUCCCUCAAUCCUGCAGAGGAUUCUCCAGGAUCCAGUUUAUGGAAAAGGGAAACUUGGAGAAAUUCAAGGGCUUAUCCUGGGAAUGCUGGACACUUUUAACUAUGAACAAACUCUUCUAGAGACAACCACGAGCCUUUUAAACCACGAUCUCCACUGGUCCCUGUGUAACCUGAGAGCCUCUGUCACCAGAGGCCUUACCCCAAAGCAGGACUACUGCUGCAUCUGUCUCCAGCAGUACAAAAGGAGGCAGGAAACUGCUGAUGAAAUCAUUGUUUUCAGCUGUGGCCACUUGUACCACUCGCUGUGCCUGCUGAGUAAGGAGUGUGGGGUGGUCACCAAGGGCCUCAUGAGGUGGAUGUGCUACAAAUGCAGCUCGAGCAACAAGGGAGGGAAGCUGAGUGAGAACUACUCAGAGCUGAAAAAAGGGACUGCAGCAUCCCUGGCACAGACAAGUUCAGAGUCUGUGUUGGAUCCUCAGCAAAUCCAAGCUUUUGACCAGCUCUGCCGACUCAACCGAGGCACAUCCCGACUGGCUCUCCUGACGGAGCUGGCGCGCGGGGACAAGCACGGGCCGCUCAGCGUUUCCCACGGGGACCCGGCCACCAGCAGCGUCUUCCAGAACGAGAACUUCCAGCUGCACCUGACGCCCCCUCCGCUGGCUGAAGAGUAGCACUCCUGCCCUGGCUGGGCCACAGCUGCUCCCAGGACGUGGUGCUGGGAAGCCUUCCCACCACAACACAGGAUUUUCCCCCACAGCACCCUUCCCAGACCCCUCUGUGCUGACCCUCACUGCGUGCUGGUGGGUCAUAGCUGGGUGAUGCCCCAGCUCUGCUUUGGCAGUCGUGGGGCAGCUGGGCUGGAAGCUGGAACUCUGGGAUGAACCCCAGCAUGCUGAGGCGCAGGGAGGGCAGCCUGUGCUGACCCAGGGGCUUGUGGCAGCAGCAGGAAAUUUUCUAAGUAACCAAAUCAGCUCUGUCUGCUGGAGGAGCCUGUCCUGUGCCCAGAGGCCCCGAGUCCCUGUGCUGUGCUGGUUCUGUGGCUGGGGGCCACACCUGAGUUUUGUGUUCUGCUAAAAGCAGCUGUUCUGGCAAGGCCUGGCCCUGCUGUCUCAUGGUAGUAGCUGUGGGGUCUGAGGGCACAGAAUGGGUAAAUCCGGAGAAGGCUUAAGAAUGCAGGAAAUGACACCUGUGUGAGCAAACUGACCUGCACAUGCUGUGUUCUACCAACCCAUUAAAGAGGC